GCUGUCAUACACCAACCAGUCAGUGCCGUGUCUAGUUCAGUCGCACAUCACCGCCUCGAAUAGCAGUGAACAGAUUCACAGAGUAGAAGAAAAAGAAGUGUAUGGAAGAAAAGCCAAAGGAGAAGAAAAGAAAACUGCGAGCGAGCUGCAGAAAACAAUAAGAAAACCAGUUUAAUUUUUUAAGUCGCCUUCCCUUCGGGACACAGCUUUUUCUCACUGUCGACUGGUCGUCAGUAGUGAAAUAAUUUGAUCGAAAGGUGUUUUUCUCCGCCGCGCAGUUCCGAUCCGGUGGAAAAAUUACCUUCCUCUGGUGUGAAUUUGGUGUUUUCUAGCGUCAAUCGCUCACCUGUGUCAUUUUGCUAAAUCGGCAAAUUUAGUGUUCGCAGUGGUUUUUUUGCGUGCACUGAAAAAUAAGUGCGACGAAGUAAGAAAAAAAAACUGCAGUAAAGUGAAACAAGAGCAGAAGAGAUUUUUCGGUUCGAUUGAUUUUGGUUUCAAUUCGGUCUUCUUUUGUGUGCCUAUGCCUACAUAUUGAGGCAAAUCGAAAAAAAAAGGAUUCAAGAGAAUUUUCCCAGUAUACUUGUAAUUACAUUGUGUUUUCGACGAGUGCCGAAUCCAAAAGCUAACAAAACUGUGCUCAUUGGCUCGUAGUAACAGCACAAAAUUGGUACAAAAAGCAGUGUUUUCAGUGAUUUUCGCCCACGGUUAUUGGAUUGAUUGCUUGUCAGCUGCUCCCAGGAGAAUAUAAUUUGCAGGUGUCCCUUUCACGUAAGAUGGUGUUCCCAAAUAAUCGAUAGAAGUAUUUUCGAGAGAAAGAGAGAGGGAGAGUCCCCGGAAAAAGCAGGAGGAAAAUUCAAGAAAAAGGUUACUGAAUCUUCAAGGCACAGCAUCCGAGCGUGACAGUGGAACCACAUCAACUGCGGUAACGGCUACGUAACCGAAACUGCUACACUCGGGCGACAAGGAAGAAUAAGAAGACUGUGUUUUUACUGUUUGUGUGUUGUUAUAUCGUGUUUCUCAAGCAAACAAGAUCGUUUACAAGUGAUAGUUGAAAACAAACAAACGAAAGCAGUGCCACACAUUACUGGAGGUGGGAGUGAUAAUUUAGUGUUAUUUUGCUACGCAAGUAAAAAGGUAUCCCGCUUAUAUAUACACACACAUUGGUGGUGCGUCGCAAGGAUCCAAACUGUUGUGACUUGGCGAAGGAAAACGCCCCUGACCACCCCUCGUUGUUCAUAAGCAGCAGCAGUUUACCUGUUUUAAAAAAAGCACAAAAGAGCACCGGAGCACCGGUUCUCGUCGGUGUUGUGGAUUUUGGUGUUCAAUCGUCGUCCUCUGUAGGUAACUUAUCGCGGGCAAGCUGGCUACCCACAUACACCCCUCGGAAUCGCUCGCCGUCGCACACCACGGCACGAUGUCGAUACCAAACGCUGCUGGGCAGCUCGAGGGCGCACUGGCGGCGCCCAAAUACGGAACGCUCAUUCCAAAUCGAGUCUUCGUCGGUGGCAUCAGCGGCGACACGACGGAAGCAGAACUGUGCCGGUUGUUCUCCUCGUACGGCAACGUCAAAUCAACGAAGAUCAUCGUCGACCGGGCGGGCGUCAGCAAAGGCUAUGGAUUCGUGACGUUCGAGACCGAGCACGAAGCUCAAAGACUGCAGAGCGAUGUAAGUAUGAAGGGAGACUGCAUCGUGCUGCGAGAUCGUAAGCUAAACAUAGCGCCUGCAAUUAAGAAGCAAACAAUCUGUGCAACGAAUGGUGCCGUGUACUACGCAGCCACACCCCCGACCCCCACGAUCAACAACAUCCCAAUCGAGCAAUUCGCGACAGUCUAUCCGCCAGGAGUGCCAACCAUCUAUCCGCCAACGAUGCCGUAUCAGCCGUUCUAUCAGUACUACAGCGUGCCAAUGAAUGUUCCGACUAUUUGGCCUCAGAAUUACCAAGGAAUCUACCCUUGUUAAAAGAAAGAGAACAAACUAGACAAACAGAAACUUAUUUAUUAUCAUGAGUAAUAUUUAUACAACAACUACAAAAAAAACACACAUCUAUAUAUAUAUAAAUAAAUUAGACAAAAGAAAUCCAUUAGCAUAAAAGAUAAAUCUACUAAACAAGAAGGAAGGAAAAAUAAAUGCAAUAAGUAGCACCGCCAAGCGCAAGCGGGGGCAGCGUGAAGGUAUAAUUAGCGAAACUCCGAGCGCGCGGAUGUAGAGCAAAUUUAGUGGUAUUAAUGCAACGAAGACGACGAGGAACCGUGUUUUUUUCAUAAAUUACACUUUCGCAUCUGACGACGGGUCGCAGAACGAGACGAAAACUAGGGUGGAACGCCUCAACGCACGCACCAGGAAGAUGCAAGGAUGUGUCGCGGGACUGCCACUGGCUGCGGGAGAGCCAGGAUGCAAGGAUGCAAAAGCGCAGCGCAAAGAAAGCGAUAUUUAUAUUAUGUAGAGAUACCUGCAGUAACCAAACUUCACAACAAUCAAGCAAUGUAAGAGCGAAGGAAAAUCAAUGUGGUGGUGAACCAUUUGAUGAGAUGGCCCAAUCAAGAAAAAUAUUAAUUCAGCAUUUCGACAGAAGGGGGCAGUAAAGUUUCGUUUACUACUGUUUGGUAGUUCUUCGGCACACUCCAAGAUGUAAACAUACGUCAUUCUAACAUUACCCAAGCGCUUUGGGCGAGAGCGAUGCGAAACAGCACUAAAAAUAUCCAUUUGCGAAUAAAUGACCUAACAAUUAAGAAGAUGAAGAUUGUCGACACGAUAAAGAGAAGAUACAGAAGGCGAGCACAAACAGCUUUUACCGGGUGGAGAGAAGAGCAAAGUGCAUGACUGUUUUUGGUUAGUUGUCAAGUAAUGUUGAUUGGAGCACGGGGUAAAUGAAUAGACAAAAAAGACAGAUUCCGUAAGAAUUAGAUGAAAAAAAAACUUAGAUCGUGAGAAUGAGAGAAAAAAAAGUGUAUUUGAACCGAUGUGAUCGCGCGGGAAGAUGUGCUUCUCACGUGAGCUGUUGAAACUUUUUACUUUUUAAAGUGAAACACAUUGUUGAAGGAUAUUAUCAUUAUUAUGAUUAUAUUAACCUAUUAUUAUUAACUAGUGUAAAAUUUAGGAAUAUACGAGCGCGCAAGUCGGCGAAACAAGCUGCUAAUGGAAGGUCAGAUAGGAAAAAGAAAAAAUAACGUAAACACACUGACAAACACUGAUCCAUAGAAAAAAUAAUUAUAUUUGAGUAAGGGGAAUACGCCGAUAUUUACGACACAAAAAACAAAACAAAAAAAAACAUAUACUUAUACAUAGAAUAUUUAUACAAAACUACAAAACA